GCAUUGAACAAGACCACGGGGAAUAAGAUGCGUUGCCCUGGCCUUGUGUUUGAGUGUUCGCAGGAGCACCCGUCCCUCAUAUGCUGCUACACGGACGAAAACUCAGAACUUGUGAAACAGCAACCUCCGUCAUCUCGCGCGGAACUAGGAUACGUCGAGAUGUUCAUCCAGGUGAACAGCAAUCCGUCGCACGACAUGUUCGUCGACCCACCCCAAAAACCUUUCGGCCGCUCGAUGGGCACGAACGUGCACGGCACCAUAGACGAUCUAAGCUUACGGCACAGGCUUCACGGCAAGCACUCCGCCUUCGUCUCCGAGGUGUUCACGCGACAGCAUCGAACCUGCCUCUACACUGUCAUCUUGUCCGGCUCGAGCGCGAGGAUGUACCGCUGGGACAGAGAAGGUUGUGUUCUUUCAGAGUCCGUAGACGUGCACGAAUCUCCGGCAGCGCUCUGCGACUUCCUCUGGCUGUUCUCUCACGCCUCUCCGUCGAGACGUGGCUUCGAUACCACUGUCGAGCGGGCAUCACAACAGGAGGAGAUCCUUUUCCGCAACGUCGUCACUCAACACGUUCAACUCCAACUGGACCUUGCAGGCCAAGAUCUCGAACAGGCCGUCAGCGAACACUACCAACCGGGCAACGUCAUCGUCCUGCCCGUUGUCGGCCAUCCAAAGCCGGUGGAUGCGUCAAACACUCGUCGCUUCAUCGUGUCAAGACCCGUCCUUGGCUCGACUCGCUGGCACAGUCGAGGAACGCGCGGAUACUGGGCGGUCGACACCGUGACACGGCGCAUCGCCUUUCUCAAAGAUACUUGGAGAAUCCUGUUUCCGGGGAGCAUUCCAGAAGGCCUCAUUCUCGAGCAACUCAACACUGGUGGUGUGGACCAUGUACCCAAACUGGUCUGUCACAGCGUAGUCCCGGACGGCACCCCUAUCGCACCUUGUAUUCUGCCCGGUAAGCGUUUUAUGCUACGUCCACAGGCGCGUCUAACUUCUGACUGGGCGGCUAAGGCUGGUCAACUUGUCAUCCUGGGCACGAGGUCUCAUUAUCGACUUGUCGUCGACAUGGUUGGGUAUCCCCUAAACCAUUUCUCUGGAACGGCGGAAUUACUUCACGCAUCUUGCGACGCCUUUCACGCUCUCCGUCAAGCGUUCACCAAGACGGCGCGCCUGCACCGUAACAUUGGUCUAGAGAACAUCAUUGUCGUGCGCGAAGGCAGUAGUCCUAUCCGCCGGGGCUACGUCAUCGGCUGGGAUUUUUCCCUUCCAGUGACCACAUACAGUCCGCCAUUACGGUCAGGAUCGUGCACAUUCAUGUCGAGACGAAUGGUUCGGCAGGUCGGCUUGGGUAAACCACACAGGGUGCAAGACGACAUCGAGUCCCUCUUCUAUGUGGUCCUGUACUGCGCCUUCCUCUGGCUCCCCCACGGCGCGUCCAAAGACGCCCUAGAGGUCUCGCUGCGCCGGAUGUUCGACGACGAGGGCCCCUCGGGCAAGGAAGAGAACCUGAUAGACCGUCGUUACACAAACGGAUUCGGGUGGUCACCGCCCCUCCGCGAAUGGGUGGACACGAUGUCGCACUACAUGGGUCCUUGCCCUCCGAUGGCUGACGGCACGUCUGAGGACAAAUGGAGCGAUCCUGAGCACCUGGACGUCUUCUGGCGCGAACUCCUGGACAAGUACCAUGGCGUCCUUCCCUCGGGAGAUCGCGUCGAGCACGACAACCCGCGUGGCAAUAAGUUGACCAAGAAAUUGAAGUGUCGGCAUGGAGCGUCGUCCGGAUCCGAUUCACACCCACAACCACCCAAACGUCGGCCGACUGUUCCCGACGUCGACGGAAGCACUGGCGAGCGCCCGCACAAACGACCUCGGUACUGA